ACGACCUUCAGGAGUAGGAAAUAAAAAUGCCGAGACGGAGCAACAAGUGUUUGCUGCUGAAAGGUCCCAGGUCCGGGUCACAGGGGGAGCAGAGCCCCGGCCCACCUUCCUCCCAUCAUCCUGACAGGGGCUGACAGGAGAGAUCAAUACCCAGCCACCAAGAGAUCAAUAAUCUAUCAGGAGAUCAAUACCCAGCCACCAAGAGAUCAAUAAUCUAUCAGGAGAUCAAUACCCAGCCACCAAGAGAUCAAUAAUCUAUCAGGAGAUCAAUACCCAGCCACCAGGAGAUCAAUAAUCUAUCAGGAGAUCAAUGCCCAGCCACCAAGAGAUCAAUAAUCUAUCAGGAGAUCAAUACCCUGCCACCAGGAGAUUAAUAAUCUAUCAGGAGAUCAAUACCCAGCCACCAAGAGAUCAAUAAUCUAUCAGGAGAUCAAUACCCUUCCAGCAGGAGAUCAAUAAUCUAUCAGGAGAUCAAUACCCUGCCACCAGGAGAUUAAUAGUCUAUCAGGAGAUCAGCACCCUGACAGGAAAUCAAUAAUCUAUCAGGAGAUCAAUACCCUUCCAGCAGGAGAUCAAUAAUCUAUCAGGAGAUCCAUUACCAACCAGGAGAUCAAUACCCUGCCACCAGGAGAUCAAUCAUCUAUCAGGUGAUCAAUACCCAGCCAGGAGAUUAAUGGUCUAUCAGGAGAUCAGCAUCCUGACAGGAAAUCAAUAAUCUAUCAGGAGAUCAAUACCCAGUCAGUAGAUCAGUAAUCUAUCAGUAGAUCGAUACCCAGCAGGAGAUCCAUAACCUAUUAGACGAUCAAUACCCUGCCAAAAGAGCAAUCAUCUUUCAGGGGAGAUCAAUAACCUGCCCGGGGACCAGUACUCUAUCUGGGUAGCAAUACCUGGCCAGGAGAUCAAUAAUGGAGAGAGAGAUCGAUAUAGGGGAUCAGUGACCUGUGUGCUGGGUGUGCACUCACACUGAAUGACUGGAGCUGUCACUGUACUUGUUAUCUCACAAGAAGAGUAAAAGGUCAGUUUUCUAACUAACUAUAUGUGAGCUGUAUGGAGGUUAUAUGGAAGGUGUAUAUGCAAGGUGUAUAUGGAGGUAAUAUAGAGGCUGUAUGGUGGUUAUAUGGAGGCUGUGAUUGUGGGUUGUGUGGAGGCUGUAUGGAGGUUAUAUGGAGGCUGUAUGGUGGUUAUAUGGAGGCUGUAUGGUGGUUAUAUGGAGGCUGUAUGGUGGUUAUAUGGAGGCUGUAUGGAGGUUAUAUGGAGGCUGUAUGGUGGUUAUAUGGAGGCUGUGAUUGGGGUUAUAUGGAGGCUUAUAUGGUGGUUAUAUGGAGGCUGUAUGGUGGUUAUAUGGAGGCUGUAUGGAGGUUAUAUGGAGGCUGUAUGGAGGUUAUAUGGAGGCUGUAUGGUGGUUAUAUGGAGGCUGUAUGGAGGUUAUAUGGAGGCUGUAUGGAGGUUAUAUGGAGGCUGUAUGGUGGUUAUAUGGAGGCUGUAUGGUGGUUAUAUGGAGGCUGUAUGGUGGUUAUAUGGAGGCUGUAUGGAGGUUAUAUGGAGGCUGUAUGGUGGUUAUAUGGAGGCUGUAUGGAGGUUAUAUGGAGGCUGUAUGGUGGUUAUAUGGAGGCUGUAAGGUGGUUAUAUGGAGGCUGUAUGGAGGUUAUAUGGAGGCUGUAUGGAGGUUAUAUGGAGGCUGUAUGGAGGUUAUAUGGAGGCUGUAUGGUGGUUAUAUGGAGGCUGUAUGGAGGUUAUAUGGAGGCUGUAUGGUGGUUAUAUGGAGGCUGUAUGGUGGUUAUAUGGAGGCUGUAUGGUGGUUAUAUGGAGGCUGUAUGGAGGUUAUAUGGAGGCUGUAUGGAGGUUAUAUGGAGGCUGUAUGGAGGUUAUAUGGAGGCUGUAUGGUGGUUAUAUGGAGGCUGUAUGGAGGUUAUAUGGAGGCUGUAUGGAGGUUAUAUGGAGGCUGUAUGGUGGUUAUAUGGAGGCUGUAUGGUGGUUAUAUGGAGGCUGUAUGGAGGUUAUAUGGAGGCUGUAUGGUGGUUAUAUGGAGGCUGUAAGGUGGUUAUAUUGAGGAUGUAUGGAGGUUAUAUGGAGGCUGUAAGGAGGUUAUAUGGAGGCUGUAAGGUGGUUAUAUUGAGGCUGUAAGGAGGUUAUAUUGAGGCUGUAUGGAGGUUAUAUUGAGGAUGUAUGGAGGUUAUAUGCUGUGUGUUAGCCUGGGGUAGUUGUGUAUGCAUGUAAUAAAACUGUGUGUUAGCUGGAUGUCUGUCUGCAGUGUGCUGCAGGCUAAAUGUCUGUAACUGAGUGGAAUAUGUAUUAUCUUUGGCACACAUGCGGUAUUUCACUACAACCCACUGUUUAGUGAAUAAGCCCCAUUCUACCCAUGUCUUCUUACUGUCAGCAUCGAGCAGAUCUCUGGGUGACAUUACACAGAGCUGCCUUGUGUUAACUUGUGUUGAUCUGUUGCUAUGUGUUAGCAUUGUGUAGCUGACUGUUUGGACUUGGCAUUGUGUGUCAUACCUAGAUCAGCUACCAUGAUUCAGAUAAAUACAAUGUACCCAAUAUGCAGAAACACCCCAAACGUUCUAUUAAAGCUACAGACACACCCAUCGAAAUAAAAUACUAAUGCCAUGACUUUAUAACCAAUGCCAAGUCUCUGUGUCAGCUGUAAAAAUAAAGUAUUAGUGUGAAUAUUAGAUUUAAAUGCGAGGAUACAGACCAGACAAGGCUGCUGCAGAACCUCUUUGAAAUCUCUCCCAUCCUGUUGUUGAAAUGCCCAACUCUUUGCCAUUUUCCAAGAGGCUCUGCAGGAGCUGCGUCCUAUGAUUGACAGCUGCCCUGAAAGCAGUGUUCUUUGUGAUGACCAGGAGUGUAUUUUUUUUAUUAGUAAUCCUUGAUCUGAUUACCUGAAUGUGUGUCAUUGCCAUUUUAGGAGAGGAAUCCAGUGAAGGAAGGAGAGGAUCUCUGCAUGCAGCUAAUGUCUGGAUAAGAUUUUUGGGAUCUGUGACACCAGCCUCCCCCCCUCUCCCCCACCCCCCCUCCCUGCCAGCUCUGGAGAUGCCAGGGAAUGGGCACUGCCGCCCCAGCUCCUGCAGCUAUGCCGACUACCAGUCCCAGAAGCAAUGCAAGAACACUUCAUUCGCCUUCUACCAGGCGGUGAGGGACCAGCUGCCGGUGUGGGUGCUGGAGGACAUGCGGAUUAUGGAGGUGUUGCACUGGGAGGAGGGGGGCAAGGUGAGUGCCUACUCGCCCUCCGAGGCUCUGCUCUAUGCCCUAGUCCACGACCACCAGCCCUAUGCACGGUACCUGCUGAGCCAGUACCCCCAGGACGCCCUGGCCAUGCCCAGCAAGAACUUCAGCUGCUGCCAGUCCAGUGCCCCUCAUCUCACCAUGGCUGUACGGUACGACCGGCUGGAGAUCCUCCGCGGGAUCCUGCACACCUUGCGGGGCUUCCCUACCAGCCACCGGGCUGCUUACAUCAACCGCAGGGGGUGCCAGAGGGUGGAGGGGGGCAAGACCCCACUACACCUGGCCUGUGAGCUGCUCAGAGCCGAGUGCAUCGUCCUGCUGCUGGGGCAUGGUGCCUGUCUCUGGGGGCCGGACAGCUGCGGGUAUACUCCCCUGGACAUCCUGCUCCAACUCCUCAGGAGGGGGGAGCAGGACCUGGGGCUCAAACUGCAGUGUCUGGACUGCCUGCUGCUCUACCUGCCCCCUGGGCUGCCCUUUAAACUCAGGGACCAGCUGGUAGAGGAAGAGGGGCUCUGGCAGGGGCUCAUAGGGCUGGAUUUGUACAGAUGGCUCAUAGGUACCUCCCCUCCCUCCCUAUUUACAAUGUCCAUGCAAAAAGUCCUCAGGAGCCUCCCCCCAGACAGAUUCCCUGAUGCUCUGGAAGCCCUGCCUCUCCCUGAUUUCCUCAAACCACUGACCCUGAUAAAGAAAAAAGUGUAGAAAUGACUGUCUGGACUGAAUGCUGCUAUAAGGAUGGAGGUAUUACAUUAAAAUCUCAGAGAGCCACUGCUUGUGGGAUGAUAGAAGCAGACUGGGGAAUGUUUCCACAUUAGGAUUACGGAAACCGCAAGAAUGGGAGAGGGAUACCUAGGGAUCAUUUAUAAAGAGUGUUAGAUGGGCUACGAUCACCAUAGAAACCAAUAGUUUAUUGCCACUGACUGCAACAUAUUUAGUACUUUUGUUGGGCAACCAGUAUCUUAUAUAAAUCAUGCACACCUUUUAUAAUAUGAAUCAGAAGUCGGGAGCAAUCAAGACUACCAACAGGGCUAGUCGCUAAACUGAGAAUCUAGAGCAAUUUUCAUUUCAAAGGCAAUAUUGGAAGAAUUCCCCAAGUCAGCUAUACUUCUAGUUCCGCUACAUUGGUUUAAACUAUGAAAUUCACACUAUAAAGUCUAUAGAGCAGGGCUGAAAAUUGUAAGUCCAGGCCUUAAAAAUUGCUCACCACGGCAAGCCUUAACGGAGCAUGGCACGCUCAUCAUGGGUUAAUUUCUACUCACCAGGGCUAAAUUUUCACUAGCCAAUGGCAAGUGGCGAAUGAAAACGUUCAGCCCUAUGAUUUUUCCUGAUCUCCCAAAACACUGCCUGCUAGGCUAGCAGAGAACCCAUUCAUCUGAUAAUAGAAAGAUGGCAGAGUAGAAAGAUAGGUUUUGGUAAAUAUAGUCCACAAAUAUGUUUUCCUCAGGGAGCCUCCGUGCAAGUAAACAUGAUACAAUAGGAGUAAUUGCAAAAAAAUCCAAAGUUACAGUGCCCUUUAAAUGUUAGUGCAUUCUUGUUGCCUUAAGGUAGGGUGUAAUUGUACAUUCCUUGUCUAUCCAUCAUGACACAAGUGAUGAUUGAUCUAACCUUUACAUCUUCCAUUAACUGUUGAUCCACUAUUUCAGGAUAGGCAACCUUCAUGUUUUGGACUACAUCUCCCAUGAUGCUUUGUCAGCAUUGUGUGUAAGAGCAUUAGGGGGGAUGUAGUCCACAACACCUGGAGUGUCGAAGCUUGCCUAUCCCUGCACUAUGUAAAUAAAAUAGCUAGGUACAAAAAUAACAAUUAUGCAGAGAAAAAAAAGAAGGAAGUUUUGCAAUUUAUUAUCUUGCCAAGAAACAGAACAUUGCACUUUAAAAAGUACAUUAUAAGAUCAAGUCCUAACAGCGACUAAAUGUUGCAAGUCAAAAUAAUCGACCUCAUCACAGUGAUAAAGCAGUCUAGUUUUAUGUGUAAUAUUUGCAGACAUGGCUUAAAAGUCAAUCUUUGAAAACCAAUAUUUUUAUUGCAAUUUGUAACUUUUAUUUUGGUUCAGUGAUGUGACCUACAUUAUAAAUUUUGGGCCACCCCUUUGCUGGCUCCUUGAAUCGCUGCGUUGAUCAUUGGCACACACUGCGCGCACACACAAAAUGUGUCCAAAAUAAGCAGAUACAAGUCAAUGCGUCAGGAUUUAAUUUAAAUCAUGGACAUGAGACACAAAUGUACCCACAAAUCGGUCAGAGUUAUUUAAUACAAUUUGAAUUGUCAGAAAUGAAAAUAGACUUUAAGGCCAAAAUGGUCAAACUGGUAACAGUUGAUCAGGAGGGUUUUUCCAGUCUAUUUUAAAUUAAAUGUAAUUAGACACUUUACACCUUAGUGAAUGUCCUUGUGUUAAACAUAACAUUUUAGAGAACCAGUUUCAUGCAGGUUUGGGAAAAUUCUUCAACUCCAGUUUAUUUUAGCUUUAAUUUUGAUUUUGUUUUUAAAUUCUCACUAACAUUUCUGAUUCUUAUUUUUUGGGAAAUGCAGUCUAACAGCUGGAGGGGCAAAGGUUAGCCUAAUGUAUGGGUAGCCAAAAGUAGAUCCCCAUUGGUUGCAGAAUGACAAUCUCACAAUGAUUUGCCAUCUUUCUGACUGUACUUAGAGCUACAUAGGUUCUACCAUCUAUGGCAGAAUUUUUCUCAAUACAGUAACCAAGGCACAACCAAUGGCCAAGUCCCCAUUGGGAUAGAAUUGACAAAUGCCUAAAUACUCUUUUGAAACCACUAAUGUAGAGAAGAAUCUUUAUAACUAUCUAGUUUUUCGAAUGAUCACUUUUUGUAAACACAGAUGGAUCAAUAGUUUACUUUAAGAAAUCCAAGUCAUGUAUUUAUGUGCCUUAGCUUGGAGUUAUGUGAUUUGCCUUGGAGUUAAGUGCGUUAUGGAGACCUAGAUAUAUUCUCAAUCAGGUUUCACACAGUUUAAAGUUCAUGCCUUAUAUCUCACUGUCUGUCAUGUUUCCCAACGUAUUGUCAGUAUUUAAUUUUAUAAUACAGAGUUUCAUACACAGAACACACAAUGCAUCUAUUAUUGCCUCCCCUGACACAUAUUGGCUCUAUAUAAAGUCAUUCUGGAGCAAAGAUCUAAAAGAGGUAAUUGCUCCGUUUCUUUUAGAACUUUGCCCCACACUUUUUGUUUUUAUACAUAAUUGUUUUAUUUGGAAGAAAUCUCCAUAUAUUCCCAAAUAAUGUAAAACAGUGGUGGCAGAAUAAUGCAUUUCUAACUGGAACAAAGAUUAAAUAGGAUUUUCAGAGAUGAAAGUGUGACUCUCUAACCCUGGGGUCUGGUCCAACUUUGUAAAACACUCAUGUAAAAUGCCCAUGCCUAAUGUUUUAGAGGAGAUUAUAUUUGUUGUAUUUAAUCAUGUAUAUUUAUGAAUUGUGCCUGGAAUGCACUUUUAAUUGUGAAAAAUAAUAAAAAAUAAAAAAAUUAUUUUUU